CUUUCACCUUCUUCAAUCUCUGUGUGUAUGUGUGUGUGAUUAUUCACUCUUUUCUCUUUAGCCCCAGAAAAACCCUAAACCAGUCUUGACCUCAAAACCUCAAAAGCAAUCGAAAUGCACCAUCUUUCUAAGAAUGCGUGAAUAUACACAGAAGAAGAGCAUGAAGAAGCAGAGAAAGGCAAAGACUUGCAUUGCUUUGAUGUGAUGAGAUGAGAUGAGAUCGUCCUCUUAUACUCUGCUCUCUCGCCUCCGCCAUACCCAUCGCUUCAAUUCGCGCUGCCAAUCCCAAUUUCUGCUCUUUCACUACUCAGACCCCAAGCUCAUACAAAAUAACGACUGCAGCUUCUCCCAGAACGCUCCGUUUAGCUCCUCCGCUCACACUCUGCUGCGCGGUCUGGUUUCGUCAUCUGCUUGCUCAAAACGGCUCGUUCUGCUCGACUUGGUUUCUUCUGGUAGUGUUGUUCACCAUCAACAUCAGCACUUGUUCCAUCGCAAUUUCUUUACUAGAGCUAAACAGGUCAAGAUUCAAUUCAAUGACGAGCACAGUCAAAGGGCAGUCACAACUGCAUUGUGGUGCAACUUCCUUGUGUUUUCUCUCAAAUUUGGUGUCUGGUUAUCAACCGCUAGUCAUGUUAUGUUUGCUGAAGUUGUUCACUCAGUUGCAGAUUUUGCAAAUCAGGCGCUUCUUGCUUAUGGUUUGAGUAGCUCAAGGCGUGCACCGGAUGCUCUCCACCCUUAUGGAUACUCCAAGGAAAGAUUUGUCUGGUCUUUGAUAUCUGCUGUUGGUAUCUUUUGUCUUGGUUCUGGUGCGACUAUUGUUCAUGGAUUUCAAAACUUGUGGACUUCACAGCCCCCUCCAAAUAUUCAGUAUGCAGCUCUUGUGAUUGGUGGCUCAUUUAUUAUUGAAGGUGCUUCUCUUCUUGUUGCCAUACAAGCUGUCAAGAAAGGUGCAGCUGCUGAGGGCAUGAAAUUGAGAGACUACAUUUGGCGUGGCCAUGAUCCCACAUCUGUUGCUGUCAUGACGGAGGAUGGCGCAGCUGUAACUGGUCUUGCUAUUGCUGCGGCAUCAUUGGUUGCAGUGAAUAGAACAGGAAAUGCAAUUUAUGAUCCCAUAGGAUCAAUUGUAGUUGGCAACCUACUUGGAAUGGUGGCUAUUUUUCUGAUCCAAAGGAAUAGGCAUGCGUUGAUUGGUAGGGCAAUGGACGACCAUGAUAUGGAGAAGGUUCUCCAGUUCUUGAAAAAUGACCCGGUUGUGGAUUCUCUAUAUGAUUGCAAAAGCGAGGUGAUUGGUCCUGGGUUCUUCCGAUUUAAGGCUGAAAUAGAUUUCAAUGGAGUGGUGGUAGUUCAAAAUUAUCUCCACAGGACUGGGCGUGAAGAAUGGGCUAAGCAGUUUCGUGAUGCUGCAAAGGAGAAGGAUGAUACUGCGUUGCUUAAAAUCAUGUCAAAUUAUGGUGAAGAGGUAGUGACAGCCUUAGGAAGUGAAGUUGAUAGGUUGGAAAAGGAGAUCCAAGAGCUUGUUCCCGGUAUACGGCAUGUCGACAUCGAGGCACACAAUCCAAUAGACCUAUCCCAGUGAUUUACAUAUUUCUUUAUCUAUGCGGUAAUGCUUGAUCAUUCUUUUCAGAAAAUCUGCAUGUGCUAUCAUUCGAUUAAUGACAUGAGCGGCUUCUUGCUUCUUUAGGCGGGAUAUAGAAACGUAUAUAUCAACUGUCAAUAGUAAGUUAAAGAUCCCACAGAUAUAUAACAAUGUAUCUGUCAAAAUUUGCUUGCAUGCGAUUUGCCAAUGCUUGGUUUAAGAGAUUUUUCCAGUGUUGUGAUAGUCAGCUUUUUUCUCCUCCACCCGACAAGGAUAACCAGCUUUAUUUAAGAGCAUUAUUUGUUGAUUGUGCUAAGUUAUGUAUUUUUUUUCUUCUGAAUAUUAGAACUUUUAGUGCUCCUUAAGAGCGCCAACAAGCCUUUGUUGUGUUCAAAUUUAUUCGGCUCUAGCAAUGCCUGUUUAGCUGGUUCUGCUCAGAUUGGUUUUGUGCUGAUUGUGUAUUCAU